AUGUUAGCCCAAACGUUUCAAGAAGCUACAGAAAGUGGUCCUGGUACUUCCACUGCUCCAUGCAGUGGUUUAACCGCUGACACUUUCCCUGUGAUAUCGUCCACUUUUUCACAGAACGAUAUUCCCAUCCGAGAAAAACCGCAUUUACCCUGCAGCACUCGAUUGGCCCCUUUAAGUGGCAAAAAAAUUUUCAUGCACUAUGAUCCUGGCACGCUUCCAGACAGGCGCGUGGAAAUGAUCCUUGCCAAGUUGAAGGCCGAUGUGGUCGAUUUCUUCAGCCGUGAAGUUCAUUAUGUGAUUACUAGUCGUCAUCCUUCGCGUAUACCUGGAAAUGCGGCCAAACUCAGUCCCCGGUCAGAGGAAGUCGUCCAUCUCAACCCUCGUUCUGGGCAUCCUCGGGACACCAGUACGACCAUUGCGUCGUCCGUGAAAAUGGUACCCUCCGCCUUUACUCGGGGUCGCGCUAUGCUUAUGGCAGCACGGAAAGUUAGUCCAAACGCAAACUCAGUGCAUGCGAGCCCACCGGAGUCUAGUCCGCUCUCCACCUUUCAUCAGAUGCGACUGAAGAACACCUCAAGUCAGUCAUCAACUCCUGGUCGCACCGUUUCGCAUUCCAUCAAAGGGGAAAACACGGCACCGAUGUCUUCUAACGAUCUGCUUGUUCGCGCUCGACACCUUGGCAUACGCAUUUUGACUCUCGACUGUAAAAGGAAGCCCUUAAGAAUUCCACCUUCUUCUGAACAGAACGACGUUGACGAGAAUUCCCCCACUAUCCCGGAUGAUCCCGAACGCGAUCGAAUCUAUCAAGUGCGUCAUCUCAGCGCCCCUUGCAUAAAAAUCGUGGAUUUGACCAAUCAAUUUAGGCCUCUAUACUUAGAUCGCACAGAUUUCUUGCCCAAUCUGUGGAGCACUUUCGUUCACCCACCACGAAUCAAGGAUACGACCCUAGUGGAACACUCUCCAGCCCAAACGGCUUGCGGAAGCGGUACCCUCCCUGGGGCCAGCAUGGGUCUGACCUGUAUCCAACAGCCUAGCCAUCCUAUGACCAGAACGCAGUCUGUUCUCAGUCGGCGGAGCAAUCAUACAAAGAAACGAGAGCGUAAGUGCAAGAAACCUAGCAUUACAAAGAACACACCUACUCUACGACGUUCAGUCAGCAUACCCAUCAAACUGGGUUGUGCAAUCGAUCGAUCCAAAACAGCAAUAGAAGAACCCUCUGGUUACUGCGAAUGUUGUUCACUAUCAUUCUCAAAUCUGCUCGAACACCUGAAGUCUGUAGAACAUCAACAGUUUGCUUGUAAUAUUGAGAAUUAUCGCCCCUUGGAUAGGAUCUUCAGCCAGCUGCCCUCCAUAGAGAUAUUCCUCACCUCAGAUGCACAUCGGAAACGCCGUAGCUGUGUUAGUCGACGAAAGAAGCGUCAUCAAAGCUACCUGAAGGAACCCAACGACGUGAAUGUUACACAAAAUUGUCCACCGGAUGUGCCUCUACCAAGGAUUAUUGUUUCAUCGACAGAUAAUCAUAUCCUACCGUCGUCGACUGUGGAUGGCCAUCCACUAGUCGCAACUGAGGCGACCGACUCCCACUGUCCGCCGUUUCUUCACCUUCCCGAAUCUUUACAGGCCAUUUCUGGUGCCAGAAUUGUAGAUCAGGAACAGUUGUUCAGUGACGAAGAGGAGGAAAUCGGCUUGAUUCGAGAAAGCCUUUUGCAUCUUGUCGAUCGGUCUAACUUAGCCUCGUCUUUGGCUCCUGUUGCUGUUCUAGAUCCCACUUUUGCCGCCGAGCCGCACCCUGGACCUUGUCAAUCCGCCGUCGCUACUUCGAGUGCUGAUACAGAAAUGCCCCUAGACACUCCUGCCCUUUUACCCAGCAGUUACACGUGUCCAAUUGCACCGUGUCCAACUCCCGAUCCUGAAGUGGCUCACGCAUGGCAUUCACUAUGCAACAGGGUGUACGUUGACAAACUACUAACGGAGCCCCGCUGUGACAUUCCAGACAAUUCAUCUCCGCUUUUAGAGCGAUGUCAUCGCCCUUGUCUUGUUUGUCAUCGUUUGCACAUUCCGACUUCGCUUUCUCCGUCGCUCUAUCUUCAGUUGAACAGCCUUCUCGGUCCACGUUACGAAUUGGACGGUGUCGGAUGCUUGGGAAGGCAGUCCCACUUGCCCCACAGUACACUAACUCCAUCGAGCGCUCAUUCUAGCGAAACCGACUCGCAUGCUGUUCAUACACAUGUUGUUCCAGUUGAUCGGCGCUUCUCUAAUUCCGCCUCUUCUUCGCUCCGUAACUCUCCAGUGUUUGGAACUAACCCAUCUGAAUUAUGUAUUCCUCAUGAUGCAACUCUCUCUACCCUUCCGAUGAGCCAAGACCUAUCUUCUCUGCAGGCUGUUGAGGCUGACUGCAUCCCUGACACACGCGAUAAGUUAUCACCUCUCCAUGGGGACACCGUUAGUCGAGUCUCAUCUGAUAACCCAGAACCCAUCGAGCAACCUUUUAACCAAUCUUCUGAUUCUCUUCUUUCAACUAGCCUACAGAUUUCGGAGCCCAAUUUCGUUGGAUCAAAUUCCCCAACUGUUCGUUCAGAUAUAACACCUAUCCGGAGGUCAUUAAGUUGGAUGUACAAUAGCAAUUCCUUCGAUGCCAAACUACCACCCACAGACAAAAGUGCUGACUCGAGCGUUUCACCUUCCGCUGUUUCAACCGUUUCACAACUUACCAAUAAGACGCGUAAACAUUGGUGCUCAGAAGGAAUCACUGCAGGUAGUCUGCCUAUUGUUAAACACCCAAAACAUUCGUCUUCCAGUACUUCUUUUGUGUCCCAUUCCUCAGCGCGCGCACAUCCAUUUCACAUGAAACAUGCACGAUGUCAAAACAGGAAGAGACAUAGAAAUGGUGCACCAACUAGUUUUCCUGUCUCCCACCCUAAUCCACCCCAGCGAUCUCCACGAUUGGCUGCCCAAAUCGCCCGGGAAUCAAUCAAUCUUAGUGUCCGAACUAUUUUUUAUCCUUCCACGAUGAAUUCGUUUUCUACUAGCCCCGAAAAUGCACAUACACCAAGUCUUUCUCCCCUAAAACGGAUUUCUGUUAACUCUUCCCACUCGAAACCUGGAAAGUCUGCACACCGUUCUCCUUUAAAGAGUCGACCCCACAAACGAGUUAAGCGGUGCACUCUGUUCCCCACUCCUGCAUUUCCCACCCUCGCUGUGAAUAAAAGUCUGACCAGCUAG